AUGGUAUACAAUUGUCUCUAUUUGCAGGUUUUAAAAGGAAAUACUAAUUGGGUAGACGUUGUGAAGAAUUCUAUUCCAGUGAUUUACGCUCGAUAUAUUCGUCUUUACCCUGUGAGUUGGUACAUUAGAGGAUGCAUCAGAAUGGAGCUUUAUGGGCAGCCUUGGUCAGAAGGUGAUAUAUUAAAACGUUUUGCCUUAUGCAGGUUUCCUAAGUUAACUGUUUUCGAUAUAGAACUUGACGAGAAUCAUAUUUGUGACACUGUCAAAGCCCAGAGAAAACCUUCGAGAUCUUUUAUUAUUUUCCCUACAGAUUUUGGGCUCCUUUGGUUCCAUAGUUUUAGGGUGAUGGCUCAGUCUUCUUUAGGAAUGACAUAUUUAAGCAAAGACAGCAUAUCCUACAUUGCUUAUUUCCCUAGCUAUAGACUUGGUUUUAGAACUGAUAGAGGGUAACUGAUAGAAGGCAAUCACAAAAUCUUUCAAACAUUAUUGCCUCUUUCAAGGGAUCUGCUUUAUUGUUCUGUUAGUCUUUUUUAGUCGUUUGGCCGUCCCUACCACGGCAAAAGCCAAGCAUAUGUUCUCCCUGAUAAGGUUGCGUAGCUUAAAAGACAAUGGCUCUAGAGAUGAGUCUUAUUACAAACACUUGUCAGGGACUCCUUUUAUUCAGUUUUACUUUUUUGUCUAGUUCCAGCCAAGUUAUUUGCCCCAGUGGCUCCUGAUAAGGCCUUACUCGGUCACGUGAGGUCCACGUUGAAUAACACCAACGUCAUGGAGUGCUUUAAAUUGUGCUUAGUAACCACGCAGUGCAAGUCUUUCAACUUCUGCCACCAGCUGAAAACGUGUGAAGUCAGCGAUUCCACAACCACAAGCUCAGCAAAUGGACUUGAAGAUCACCAAGGAUGUAAUUACUACGAACCUGAGUCUUACCAAUGGAUUACUCCUUGA